UUUUUGGAUCAUAAACAGAGAAACGCGAUUACUAGGACAUCUCAUGUGCUUUUGCUCAGUUGCAUUUUAUUAAGUUUGUGAAUGAGAGGAGCGAAAUAUUAUGUCUCACGAAUGAAAUAUUUUUUGCCGAUUACUGUUACAAAAUAGCCGAUUGGAUGUUUUCUCUUUGUUGAAAUUUCGAAUGGUAAUUUUGAUAGUAACGUGUAUAUCUAACCUAAUACAGUGCUGAAAAACAUCUAUUGUGUCUGUCAGUAUGUUGCCAACAUUCAGAUGGAGGUUAAACUACCAAUUUAAACAGCAUGCUCGUAAUUUUAUGAUAUUAAAGCAUCAGCCAGUCCUUGGAUUGAAACAUCAUGUUACCAAACUGUCGGUAAUACAACACAUUAGAUAUAAAUCUGGCACUCCGUUGAAUACUAUUGUAUUAUUUGUACCACAACAAGAGGCAUGGAUUGUCGAAAGAAUGGGAAAGUUUCACAGAGUGCUGAAUCCAGGUUUAAAUAUACUUGCGCCAAUAAUUGAUAGAAUCAAAUACGUUCAAAGUCUGAAAGAAUUAGCCAUAGAAAUACCUCAACAAAGUGCAGUUACUUCAGAUAAUGUAACAUUAAAUAUUGACGGUGUGCUGUACUUAAGAGUAGUUAAUCCAUAUUUGACUUCAUAUGGUGUCGAUGAUCCAGAAUUUGCUGUGGUUCAAUUGGCUCAAACCACAAUGAGAUCAGAGUUGGGAAAAAUAUCCCUAGAUAACGUAUUCAGAGAAAGAGAAGGACUCAAUGUGGGUAUCGUUGAAAGUAUAAACAAAGCCAGCGAAGCUUGGGGAGUAGCUUGUCUACGAUAUGAAAUACGUGAUAUAAGAUUACCUCAAAGAGUACAGGAGGCAAUGCAAAUGCAGGUAGAAGCAGAACGCAAGAAGAGAGCUGCAAUUUUAGAAUCAGAAGGAACUAGGGAAGCAGAGAUAAAUAUAGCGGAAGGAAAACGUUCAGCACAGAUUUUGGCAUCCGAGGCUGUAAAACAAGAAGAAAUAAAUAAAGCGAUUGGCACUGCACAGGCUUUAGUGGCCAUUGCAGAAGCACGUGCGAAAAGUUUAAAACUGGUAGCAAAUGCUCUCAACAUAUCUGACGCAAAAAAUGCAGCAGCAUAUAGUAUAGCUGAACAAUACGUUAAAGCAUUUAACAAAUUAGCAAAGGUCAAUAAUACUUUGAUUUUACCCAGUAAUGUUUCUGAUGUAUCUUCCCUAGUAACGCAAGCAAUGACAAUAUACAAACAAGUUGUGUCUCAAUCUACCUUAGGUAGCUCCAAUGUGAAAGAAAGCAAUGUUAACGACUUUGACGAGUCUUUUGAGUAUUUCAGUGACAAAGAAGAGGCAGAGAAGCAUAGAAGAAACGAAAGAAACGAAACUCCUAAAGUAUUGUAAAGUAUUUGUAUAUAAUAUAAAUAUAUUUCGAUUUCUAUUCUCUAUCUUUUGUAACUCUAUUUUUAUGGAGAUGGAGAGAAAUAAAUAAUUACAGGUUGAUAAUAACAGAACAGUUUUAUACAAAAAUUCAUAAGUUAAAAAUAAUUACAAGAAUAAUUCUUAAAGUUCAAAAUCAAGUUUUUAUGACUUCCUCACUUUCUCUUCUUUGUAUGAACCGAAACUGUAGGUACUGGAAUCGAGUAUGUUUCUUGGGAAAUUCGAUUAAUAUAGUAUAAUGCAAUCAUAGAGAACAGAAAGCACGUUGUUGUUGCUACUCGAUGCACUAAGCCUGAUGCAAUCAAGCUGACUAUUAAUGAAAAAAUAACUGUAACAAGAAAAUCAUUAUCUUAAAUAGAUAAUACUUGAUCUUUUAAUAUCGCUAUUGAGUAAUAUACCUUCGGGAAACAACUUUUGUUGAAAUGAUUUGCCAAAUAUUGUUGCCUCCAAGUUUCCUAUUGCAGUUAAUACACACAUAAACAAUAUAGAUCCAAUAUAUCCUCCCAAUAUUGUAUAAAUCUGUGACGAUGCCAAGGGAGCUUUGUAUAUUUGCAUUCCAGAAAAUACAAGAACCGUCAAAAUUGAUGACAACACAAAUGAUACUCCGCUACUGACAGCUGAAAGAUAAGAAAUACUUUACUUCAACUGCUGUUUUCAAAAAAAUUAAUUUAAAUUAGAAAAACCGGUAUCAAGGUGCGUAUGGUCAACUUAUCAGUAUACAUUGUUUCUUUUAAUUUUUUUUUUAUAUUUUAUAUGUAAUUUGUAAAGCUUUAUACGAAUAAGUCGAAGUAUGAUUUACAAAUUUAUACGUACGCAUUUUUAAGAAAAAUCUUUAUAGUCAAAAUUAAUUCAUAGAUUUAUCAACGUUCACUACCGUGCUGUGUUGUCACAACGUUCAGUUAUGCCACUGUCCGUCGUAUUAAUGUCCCUAGGAUUUAAUUAA